AUGGCCGCCUCCUCGUCUCCUCCUCAUCAUGUCCCAACAGCUCUCACUCUCCUCUUCAUUCUCGUCUCCGCUACCACCACGAACGGCAGCAUCGGAGUGAACUACGGCACGGUGGCCGACGACCUGCCUCCGCCAGGGGAAGUAGCCAGGUUCCUUCUGCAGUCCACGGUGAUUAACAGGGUCCGGAUAUUCGACCCGAACCCGGAGUUAAUCCAGGCCUUCGCUCACACGGGCAUCCAAAUCACAGUCACCGUCCCCAACGACCAGAUCCCUCGCCUCGCCAACCUCUCCUUCGCCCAGCAAUGGAUCAAAUCCUACAUCCAGCCUUACUUCCCGGCGACCAACCUCGUCCGGAUCCUCGUCGGCAACGAGGUUUUAUCGACAGGCAACAGAUUGCUCAUCGGAACCCUCGUCCCGGCGAUGCAGACGCUCCACGCCGCGCUCGCCGGAGCGUCCCUGGACCGUCGGAUUCAAAUCUCGACCCCUCACUCCCUCGGAAUCCUCUCCGCCUCGACCCCUCCGUCGGCCGGGAAAUUCCACGGCGGAUACGACGUUCACAUCCUAAAACCUCUACUCGGCUUCCUCAGAUCUACGAAUUCCCCCUUCAUGAUCAACCCUUACCCGUUCUUCGGCUGCUCGGAGGAGACUCUCGAUUACGCCCUGUUUCGGCCGAAUCUAGGGUUUCUGGAUCCGAACACGAGGAUUCGGUACACCAACAUGCUCGACGCCCAGCUCGACGCGGUCUUCUCGGCGAUGAAAUCGCUCGGGUUCGGCGACCUGGAGAUCGUAAUUGCGGAGACCGGGUGGCCGUCUAAGGGCGAACCGUCGCAGAUCGGGGCCGGGCAGGAGAACGCGGCUCAGUACAACCGGAAUCUGAUGCGGCAUGUUAAUUCAGGGGACGGGACGCCGUUGAUGCCCAAUCGGACCUUCGAGACCUACAUCUUCUCCCUGUUCAACGAGGAUCUGAAACCAGGCCCCACCUGCGAGCGAAACUUCGGCCUGUUCGGCCCGGAUCUGACUCCGGCGUACGACGUCGGCAUCCUUCGUCCCACGGUAUCCACCGCCGUCGCCGCCCGGCAGGCGACUCCUUCGCCGGCGGAGCCCGACGGAGGAGGGGAAAGGAAGGGGGCGGGAAAGUGGUGUGUGGCGAAAGAAGGGGCGGAUGUGGACUCGCUACAGAGGAAUAUUGAUUACGUUUGUGGGGCCUUGGUUGGGCUUGGGCCUGGGUGCGGGCCCAUUCAAGAAGGCGGGGAGUGCUUUUUCCCGGAUACGGUGCGGGCCCACGCGGCGUACGCCAUGAAUGCGUUUUAUCAGGCCAUGGGGAGGAACGACUACGACUGCGAUUUCCGGCGAACCGGUGCCAUCACCGCCGUCGAUCCGAGCUAUGGAAACUGCAAGUAUGGGCAUUAACGCCGGAGAUUUCACAAGCCACGGCGCCGAUCUACGGCAUGCCAUCACGUCGGAUCAUGUUCAUAUUCUCGCAUUUUAAGUUCUCUACACCGUAUAUUCACAAGAGAAGCAAAUAGAUACUUGGUGCAAGCAAUUGUGCUAGAAUGUUACUGUUAGUUAGGAUAGUUUUCCUUUUGUAUUUUCAGCUAUUAGAUUAAAUUACGACAAAAAAAAAUGCUUGAGUACCGUGAAGCAGUGUUUACAACG